AGAUAGAAGCAGAGGAAGACAGGGGAGGGACGACAGAAGGUCUAGCACGGGAGCCCGCUCGUCCAAGGUUGCUGCGGCCGGAGUCGCUGGCGUCGAGAUGCCCGCCGGCGAGGGCAAGGAUCCAGGGUCGUCACGCGCAGAGGAGCAGGAUGUUAAAGGAGAUGAUGAAGAGAAUAAGGGAGGCAUUGAUCAACCCGAGGGCCCAACAGUUGAUAAAGAGAAGAAUGACACAACUGCAAGUCAGAUCUUGAAGAUUGACGAAGAUACAGUGGAUGUCGAAAGCGAACAGUACCACGGGAAUGAUGACCUAACUGAAACCGAUGUGUCCAACGACCUACUUUGUGCUGGAGUAAAAAAUUUGAUUGCGAAGAGCUUUAAAAGGAAGCAAAGACGGACCAUUGUACGAAAGGGGAGCAUAAAGAGACCAAGACUAACUGAAGCGACUUCACAUGAUGAUUUUGGCGAUGCAGUAUGUAAAGCAUAUAGUAGGUGCAGCAUACCAUAUUUCUCCGAGGUCGCGAGUAGCAUUUGCAAGAGCAAGAACAAAGUGGACUUAGUCAGGUCUACUGGUUUUGGUUACAUGCUGGAGUUAGAUGAUUGUCUUGUGCCUAGGCCGUUUGCUCAGUGGAUAGCAGACAAGGUCAUUGUUGACGAUGAAGCAAUUUUCAUCAACAAGAAGCGCAUACCACUGAAUGCACUGGGUGUUCUGCAUGUUUUUGGCAUUCCGGCAGGGGACAUCAACAUUAGCAUGGUCGACGAUGCAGGGAAGUCAGAGUUCCUUGCAUUUUUCGGGCUCACAGAAGUGCCCACAAUAAAGUUUUUUGGCAACAAGAUUAUUGAAGGAGAAGAUUUGUCUGACGAGCAGCUCAUUCGAUGUUUCAUGAUUGUUGCCCUGUCAACCGUGUUGUGCCCAACUUCAAACACUAAACCAAGCACCAAGUACAUGGGAUCACUAAUAGAUGUCAGUAAAAUCAGAGACCUAAAUUGGUGCAAGUUCACUCACAUGUGGCUGUUGCAAGCUAUUAGGAAGUAUCAAAAAGAGAAGACGAAGCAAAACCGCUUGACACUGACACUAGGAGGGUGCAUAUACCAACUAGCGGUACAUUUUCUUUCUUUUUCACCUUCUUUUUCUAUUUAUAGUUUUUGUGUCUUCCUUUUUCCUUUCUUUUCCUUUUUUCAUCAAAACAAGUUGACAUCUGUUAUUCUUUUUUUCUUUUUCCAAGGUCCGCUUCCUUGACUUCACAGACUUUGGAGCAAUACAAGUACCAUCAAUCAUGCCAAGGAUAUGUGUGUAUGGAAAGGCAGUCUUGUCAAAAAUUUCAGUGAUAUGCUCAUAGACCAAAAUGGCAUGUACAGACCAAGUAAAGUAAGUUUUUCUCAUAUAUACUUAUUUCUAUCUUUGUUUGUAUUCUCUGUUUCUAAUGUAACGACAGAGAACAAAAUAGCAGAUAUUCUGUUGGGCCAGGGUCAAUUUAAGAGAAUUUUAAUUUCUUUUACUUUGGUCUUUUUUCACACAUGUAGAUAAAAGAUGAAUCUGAAACAUGCUAUGCUCAAGAGUCAUUCAGUUGGGCCAGCACGACAAAGAACUCAAACUUAAGGGCUGCUAUUGACAGAACAGUGGGGAAUUCUCUUCCCGAGGAGGUUCCCCCCUAAUCUUACUUUUCUAUUUUUAUUUUUCUGCAUGCAUUUAUGAUUUAUUUUUUCAUUUCAUCGUUUUCUCACUUUUUUGUUUCUUCACAUGUAUCAGGUGAAAGAAGAGAUAUACACAUCAUUCUAGUUUUACAUGAAAGAUGAAAACGUAAGCACUUGCAUGAAAGCAAAGAAUUUGCUUUUAAAGACCCUAGAAUUAGUGACACCAAGAAAUGGCGAUUCAGAGAAAACUUUGAAACUUGAGUCAUCCGAGAAGAGCCAUAAUACAGUGAGCAAUCAACACUGUAAAAGUAAACUCAGAUGGAGAUUAUGAAGAAGAUGAGGGUAAAUAUCCUAUUGUUUGCAAAAGAGAACCCCGUUUUUUACAACCAUGUGUUUAAAGCACUGUUAUUUGUUUUUUAAUUCUAUUUCGACAGGCCUUCUACUCAUUUACUUUUUUCUCUUUUUUAUUUUCUAUAAUUAUGCUCCCUUUUGUAGGAACGACUCUACUUCGAAGGACUAAGAGGGUGAAACAAAUCAGCGAACAAUCACCUGCUUCAAUUGAAACUGAAAGAAUGAGCCAUGAGCAAGAAGUAUUCCAAGGAAAGAGUGAUGAAGGGGUUGAUGUUAUUGGGAGCUCAAAGUUAGAAGAUGCAUAUGUAAGUUCAUGAAUCUUUUUACUGUACUUUUUUUAGGAUAUAUUCCCAUGUUCUUUUUCCCUUUUUAUUGUCCGUUUUUAAAACUCUUGCUACUUACCUCCCACAUUUUUUCAGAAUCAAAUGGACAAGGGUAAUGAAGAAUUUCAAGAACACAACAACAAGGACACAAUAACCACACAAGAAGAAAUUCAAGAUCAAGUGAACACAAGCAAAGAUGAUACAGAGGCAGUGAAAGCACCCCAAGAAGUGAGCAUCGAAGAUGGACUAGGAAGAGAAAACAAGGUUACAGUGCAGGACAAGGUGCUAGAAGUGAAGAUCAAUGAAACAAGAGCAGAGAGCACGACAAGUUUUGAGUACUUACUUCUACCAGACAACACUGCUCUGUUUCCUCAGAUUCAGAGCAAAGAAGCUGGAAAAGGAAUGCAUCAAGUUUUUUCGGUUUCAUGAGCCAGAAGACAUCCAGUAAUGAACAUAUCUCCCAAGUAAGAAGUUUUAACUAGCUACUUGUUACUUAACAUCUUUCUUUUUCUUUUUACUACUUUUGUUAUUUUUUAACAUCCCAUGCUCCUUGUUAUUUUUUUCUUGACAGCAAAAAGACGACACCAACGUGAUCAACCAGCAACAGAAGGGGUCCUGCAGCAAAAUAGAUUUCGACAUAAAUGUCACAUUAGCUGCAGGUACCUUUAUCUUUUUUGAUGAUCCUUUUUCCUUCGCACCAUUUUUCUGGUUCAAAACUGAAGAAACCAGCAACAACUAUUCAUUUUGGUUUCAUUUUUUUGGAACUGAUGAUCAUCAUUUGCUUCUCAAAUCUAGAUGAGGAUGACGCAAAUGACCAUGAAGCAGACAAGCAUGUCAUAGAUAAUGCUGUAGGAAACGAAGACGAAUCCUGGGCUCAUUACUUGGAUAAAGCAAGGCAAAAGUACUUCUUCUAUGAUGAUGACACACCAACUUGUCGUAUACUCGAAGAUAUGGAUGACUGCGGGAAUGAAAUAACUGAGCCUGAGCUAUGGCGUCUUGUGCACAUGACAACAAAGGAAUAUAAUGAAAAAAUCGAGGUGCGCAAAACGUAGGAAAGGAGCCUCAUCAAAUCAAAAUAUAUGCCCCCAUGUGUUAUAUGUUACUAGUGUAGACACUUUAUGUCUUUAACUCGUUUUCUUUGGUGCGUCAAUAAUCAGAAUGCAAAGAAAAUCAUUGUUCACCAGACAUUGAAAGAAAGAGAAUCAGGCAACUACCAUCAAGAGCAAGAGAUCAAGAGCUGCGAGGUUUCAUCUUCUUUUUUCCUUUUCAAUAUUUUUUAUUUAAUCACUUUUUUUAGAAAAAUAUAAUUUUCUGCCUUGUUGGUUUCAAACAACACCUUCAUCCCCUGUCCUUUUUGUGUCAACAGUUUUCUAUACAUUGCGCGCAAAAGCAACAAAGUGUUGGACAAAGAUGCACUUCACCACGUCCACUGACCGCAAUAACACCAGACGGAGGAAUAAUUAACCUGGUUUUUUUUUCUCUGCAUUUUGCUGCUGAGCAGUUUCUGUUUUCUUAUGAAAUGUUUCUCAUUUUUUUUAUUCAUGGUCUUUGAUUUUCUCUUGUUUUCUAAAAUGAUACAGACAUCACCAAACACAAGCAUUCGAAAUGAGUGGAACGAGCCGCAUACAUGCUAUUCUCCUAGGAAUAGGAACACAACUUACAAGACAACGACUACCACACCCUCACGCACCAAAGUACAUUUUUCUUUUUUUUUUUCUUUUUUCUCCCCAUUUUUUUUUGGAUUUUUUUCUACAUUAACAGUUUUCCUAGGCACAUUUCUUUGAUUUUCUCAUAUUUCUUUCUUUUUUCGUUCUUUGAUACAGCAUUUUUUCUCAGAAGCCACAAUGACAGGGAGAAUUCUGUUCCCAGAAAGAGCUAACAUUGAGUGCAAUUUAGAUGGGACAGAGGAUAACCCUAUAACAUUCUUGGAUCAUAACAGUGUAAGUAUUUUUCUUCUUCUUUGUGUUGUUUUUCCUAAAAGCUGAAGUCCAAAAGAAAAUAUCCCAGAAUGUCUAUAGUUUCAUACUUAUUUUUUUUUAUUUGUUGAAUUUUAGCAGGCAUCACCAGAGGUCCAAAUCCUUAGUCAAAGUCCUUUCAAACAGUCCUGCAGCAACUUAGUUGAUAGAUCAGAUGAUCACUAUAACACCAGACUCUUCUUAGGGAGUACAAGCAGCUCUAGGGGCAAAGAAAAUAUACCACCUAAAAGGGUAAUACAACCAAGCAAAUUUUUGUGCUCGCCUUAUGACCAAGACAGGGGGGCCAUCAUGGAAUACGAGCUUCAUCUAUAUCAGAACAUCUUACUCCUAAGCGAGAAUAAUUACUACAAAGGGUUAGGACACUUUUUUCCCUCCUAGACCACCGACUUUUUGUUGAGUUGUUCGUGUGUGUUUUUAUUUUUUCUUCCUUGUUUUUGUGCAUCUGAAGUGUAUAUAGCAGUUCCCCCCUUGCAC